AUGCUCGGACUUUUGCCUGUCGGCCUACUGGCCAUUGCUUCUUUGGCAGCAGCGCGCGAUCCCACAGUCUACCUCAUCCGACACGGAGAGAAACCCAGUGAUGGAGGAAAUGGAUUGAACGCACAAGGACUCGAACGUGCACAAUGCCUUCGCGAAGUUUUCGGCAAGAAUUCCCAGUAUAACAUCACUCACAUUAUGGCGGAAACGCCUAAGAGCAAUGGCAAACGUGCCCGUCCCUACGACACCGUUGAGCCGCUGGCCAAAGAUCUUGGCCUCACUGUUGACACGUCUUGCGGUCGGGAUGACCCGGAAUGUGUCAAUGAUGUGGUUAAGGGAUAUGAUGGAAAAGGCUUGGCCAACAUACUGAUUUGCUGGGAGCAUGAUGCAUUGACGGAGAUUGCCGAGGCACUGGGAGUCAAUGAUGCACCAGAUUAUCCAGACAAUAGUUUCGACAUCAUUUGGACCCUCCCAGGCCCUUACACAAAGAUAACCUCCAAGACUAGCGAGAAUUGCCCCGGUUUGGAUGACAAUUAG